AUAAAAUUGAAAAAAUUUUUUUGGUCGUAAUUAAUUUUUCCUUCCAGUCUGAUAAAUGCCGCCAAUUUCAAAAUUACAUACAGAGGAAGGCUUCGUAGAAGCCACUGAUUUGUCUCGAUGGAGACUCAAAGUUGGUCAUGGAAGACAAAUAUGGCAUUAUCUAGAAAACGGCGAAGUUGAGAAUUGGCCUCAAUCUAUAAUAGAAAAAUAUUGGCUGGGUUUACCAUUUGAAUCAAAGGAAUUUGACAAACCGAAAACUGCACUUGAGGCAGCACGAAAUGGAUUUGAAUUCUUUAAACAACUCCAAACUGAAGAUGGUCAUUGGGCCGGUGAAUAUGGUGGACCAAUGUUCUUACUACCCGGGCUUAUAAUUUCAAUGUACAUUACACGUAUUCCUAUUCCUGAAAGUUGGCGAAUUGAAAUUAUUCGAUAUCUAUUUAACAAAGCCAACCCAGAUGAUGGUGGAUGGGGAAUACAUACUGAAGGCCAGUCAACAACAUUUGGAACAGCGUUAAAUUAUGUUGUUGUUCGUAUUCUUGGGGUGGAUGCUGAUCAUCCAUAUAUGGUCAAGGCUCGUGCAACUUUGCAUAAACUUGGAAGUGCGAUUGCAAUACCAUCAUGGGGUAAAUUUUGGUUGGCGUGUUUAAAUGUUUAUGAUUGGGAAGGAAUGAAUCCUAUUCCACCAGAAUUAUGGUUGUUACCAUAUGCAAUACCGUUUCAUCCUGGCCGAUAUUGGGUUCACUGUCGUGCAGUUUAUCUUCCUAUGGGAUAUAUGUAUGGAAGAAGACUUAGUGUUGACAUUAAUCCUUUUAUUGAAUCAUUACGACAGGAAUUAUAUGUUCAACCAUAUGAUACUAUUGAUUGGGUUCGAGCAAGAAAUAAUGUAUCAAAUGCUGAUAUUUAUUUACCACGUACAAAGUCUUUAACACUUAUAAAUAUUAUCUUGAAUGUAUAUGAAAAACUUCCUAAUUUAUUUGGUUUACGUCAAAUUUCUCUUGAUGAAGCUUAUAAAUUAAUGCAAUAUGAAGAUGAAAAUACAGAUUAUCUUGACCUUGCUCCGGUUAGCAAAGCAAUACAUAUUCUUUGCACUUAUUAUGAAGAAGGAUCUAAUUCUGAAGCAUUUAAACUUGCCAAGGAAAGGUUAAUCGACUUUAUGUGGAUGAGCUCUGAAGGAAUGAUGAUGAAUGGUACGAAUGGUUCACAGCUGUGGGAUACUGCAUUUGCAGCUCAAGCAUGUAUUGAAGCAGGAUUGGCUAAUAAUACUGAAAAUCAUAAAGUUAUGUUAAAGACGUUGGAGUUUUUGGAUGAUGCUCAAAUUAAACGUAACCCAACUAAUAUGGAAUAUUGUUAUAGACAUCCAUCCAAGGGCGCUUGGGGAUUUAGUACACGUGACCAAGGGUAUACUGUAUCAGAUUGUACUGCCGAAGGAAUGAAAGCAGUUUUAUAUCUUCAGAAUAGACUGGACUAUACACCCAAUCUUAUUUCAAAAGAAAGACUUUAUCAAGCUGUAGACAUUUUGUUAACUAUGCAAAAUAAUGAUGGUGGUUUUGCUAGUUAUGAAAAAGUUCGUGGACCAGAAUUUUUAGAAUGGAUCAAUCCAUCAGAAGUGUUUGGUAAAAUUAUGAUAGAAUAUAGUUAUCCAGAAUGUACGACUGCUGUAUUAACUGGAUUAAGCAUCUUUAGAAAAUAUUACCCUGAUUAUCGUGCUGAUGAAAUUGAGAAAGUAUGUCAAAAAGCAGCAAAUUUUAUACAUGCAACUCAAAGAAAUGAUGGAAGUUGGUAUGGUUCAUGGGCUAUUUGUUUCACAUAUGCUUCAAUGUUUGCUCUUGAAAGUUUAGCAUAUUUUGGUGAAACUUAUAAUAAUAGCAAAAGUGUAAGGAAAGGAUGUGAUUUCUUAAUUUCUAAACAACGUAAAGAUGGUGGUUGGGGAGAAGCCUAUAAAUCAUGUGAAACAGGAAUUUACCAUGAACAUUCCCAAUCUCAAGUUGUGAACACAGCAUGGGCAUUAUUAGGUUUAAUGUCAGCUAAAUAUCCUGAUGAAAAACCAAUUCAACGUGGUAUUGAGCUUUUAAUGUCAAGACAAUUAAGUACUGGAGAGUGGAAACAGGAAGCGAUUGAAGGAAUAUUUAACAAAAGCGUUGCAAUCAGUUAUCCAAAUUACAAAUUUAUUUUUACAAUUUGGGCAUUAGGAAAAUAUGCUAAAAUUUAUAAUAAUCCAAUAAUUAAAUAUUAAUAUGGUAUAAUUAGAUGGCCAUAUUAUAU